AGUUCGAAAAGUUGUUCCAAAUCCAAGGACACCUGCAGGUCAACGACCUAGCUCUCGCGAGAUCUCGCCCGGCGCGGGAGAGCGCGAGAGUUGGAAACCAAGAUGGCUGCCAUUCGGAGAUUGUGUGUUUUGAAAGUCGUGGUUCCAGGUUUGGUGGCCGCAAACGCCUCGAGAACGGCGCUCUGUGGGGCGUUUGUUUACCAGGCAGGAUGGGUUAGAAACAUGAACUCAAGGUUACAGUCAGUUGGGAUCCUGGAGACACCAAAGCAGCAGGGAAAGUACGAGACAGGUCAGUUGUUCCUGCACAAGGUGUUUGGUUACCGUGGGAUUGUGCUGUUUCCGUGGGUCGCCAGAUUGUACGAUCGAGACGUCGCCUCAAAAACUGAAGAAAGGAAUCUUGAAGAAGGUCUGUAUACAACAGCUGGUAAAGAGGUGAAGGGCAAGACGCACACAUAUUACCAGGUCCUCAUCGAUUCAAGAGACUGUCCCUACAUCAGAGCACAGACAGAAGGAGUCACGUUUUUAGGGAACACAGAAAACAGUCGGUCCUUGUACGCAAUACCAGGUCUGGACUACGUGAGUCACGAGGAUGUCCUCCCGUACACGUCGUCAGACAAACAGCCCAUCCAGCACGAACUGUUUGACAGGUUCCUCACUGCACAGCCGGGCAGAAUACCGCCGUUCACUGCGCGGGAGACUCUGCGAGCGUGGCAGGAGAAGAACCACCCGUGGCUGGAGCUGUCCGACGUCCACCGCGAGACGACGGAGAACAUCCGGGUCACCGUCAUACCCUUCUAUAUGGGCUGCAGGGAAGCCCACAACGCUAAUGUGUACUGGUGGCGGUACUGCAUCCGGCUGGAGAACCUCGGCGAGGAGACAGUCCAGCUGCGGGAGCGACACUGGAGAAUCUUCAGCUUGUCCGGAACGCUGGAGACCGUACGCGGGCGCGGGGUCAUCGGGAGGGAGCCGGUCCUGUCGAAGGAGCAGCCAGCGUUCCAGUACAGCAGCCAUGUGUCACUACAGGCACCCAGCGGACACAUGUGGGGGACAUUUAGAAUGGAACGCUCAGACGGCCACAUGUUUGACUGCAGGAUUCCUCCCUUCUCUCUGGAGAGCAAGUCGGAUGACAACAGCUCCCCCCAUGGGUUCGUGGGACCUAAGAGAAAGUGAAAGUGAUGUGCUACCAUAGCAACCAGACAGGUCAAAGGUCGAAGAUUACAUCAUUGCACAGCCAAGCAAGUCAGAAGUUCAGGGUCAAAUGUUAAAGGUCAGGGUAUGAAUCUGGAAGAGCCAACAAAUGUACAUACAGUACAAUAAAACAGCACAAAUCACCCCUCUGUGACAGUGGUAUGUUCCAGAUGAUCCAGGUUUUAGAUAGGCUUGAGUCGUACCAUGUGUAACUGGAAG